UUAUAAGCCGCCAAGACUGACUGGGAUGAGUCAACAUUGUGAAGAAGCUCCACUACAAGUACCUUCACCCACAGAACUCCCAGAGCACCAAGAACAAUGGCCAAAUUCCUACUCCUAAUUAUUCUUCCAUUGCUCACCGUUCUACCAUGCUCCUAUGCUUUGCCCCAGUCGAUGCUAACCACUGGCUCAUCCUUGUCUGUAGAAGAGCAUAGCGAAACCUUUCUUGUCUCGCCAAAAGCUGAUUUCUCUUGUGGAUUCUAUGAAGUUGGAAGGAACGCAUUCUCCUUCUCUAUUUGGUUCACUAACACCAUAGAGAAAACUGUUGUAUGGUCUGCCAACCCCAAUUCUCCGGUGAAUGGCCGUGGUUCCAUGAUGUCGCUGAACCAGGAUGGAAACUUUGUCCUCACUGAUGUCAAUGGCAGCAUCACUUGGGACAGCAAGACAAGUUCUGGAGAAGGCACAACGGUUUCCCUUCUUGACACCGGCAACCUCAUCGUCAAAGACUCAACAGGUAAAAUGUUGUGGGAAAGUUUCUCUUCACCGACAGAUACACUGCUGCCUUUACAGACCUUCAAAAAAGGUACAAGACUAGCCUCCAGUUAUUUCAGCCUCUAUUUCGACAACGACAAUGUGCUACGCCUUAUGUAUGAUGGUCCAGAGAUAUCAAGUCUCUAUUGGCCAAGUGCAGACUUUAGUGUGUUUGGAAAUGGACGGACUAACUACAACAGCUCCAGGAUUGCAGUCCUCGACACUGAAGGACUUUUCCAAUCAAGUGAUAGGCUGAAUGUCCAGUCUUCUGAUUGGGGCGCUGGAGUCAAGAGAAGGCUGACAAUUGGCUAUGAUGGAAACCUCAGAAUGUACAGUCUGAAUGAGUCGACUGGGAGCUGGAUAGUAUCAUGGGAGGCCAUAGCAGAAAUGUGCAAUGUUCACGGGAUAUGCGGACAAAAUGGGAUAUGUGAGUACUUGCCAAGCCUCAGGUGUUCAUGUCCCCCAGGAUAUGAGAUAACUGAUCCGCAUAACUGGAACAGCGGUUGCCGUCCAAAAUUCAAUAAAAGCUGCAGCAAACCAGAAGAGUUUGACUUCAUCAAAGUCCCUCAAAGUGACUGUUAUGGCUUUGAUCUGGACUACAACGCGUCCGUGUCACUUGCUCAAUGUAAGAAGGCAUGCUUGGACACCUGUUCCUGCUCGGCAUUCGUGUACAAGACAGGAUUUGCACUUUGCUACACCAAAUCUGUACUCUUCAAUUGUUAUACAUCAGCAAAUUUUGCUGGAGAUAUGUAUAUCAAAGUACCAAAGACUAUGGGUACCUCCAAACAGUCUGGUCUCACAUGUAAUCUGGGUAUUCCUGUGGUUAUACAAGGCUCUGCAAGUAUGUAUGGAAUGAAUGAUGUCAACAGAAGUUAUACAACUUACUAUAUAUUUGCAGCAAUACUGGGAGCCCUGGUGCUGCUCUUUAUAGGUACAAGCUGGUCGUUUCUUUACAGCAAGCAGAACAUACCCAAAUCAAUGGAGGCAGGUUACAGGAUGGUGAUGAGCCAAUUUAGGAUGUUUACGUACCGAGAGCUAAAGGAAGCGACUGGAAAGUUUAAGGAAGAGAUUGGAAGAGGGGCCUCUGGAAUUGUUUACAGAGGAGUAUUUGAAGAUAAGAGAGUAGUUGCGGUGAAGAAGCUAAUAAACAUUUCACAUAGUGAGGAGGAAUUCUGGGCAGAAAUGAAUAUAAUCGGAAGGAUCAACCAUAUGAAUUUAGUGAGAAUGUGGGGGUUUUGCUCUGAGGGUCAACACAAACUACUGGUGUAUGAGUAUGUCGAGAAUGAAUCACUCGACAAGUUUAUAUUUGGUGACGUAAGUACUGAGAGACUACUUUCUUGGAGCCAACGAUUCAAAAUAGCAUUGGGAACUGCAAGAGGCUUGGCAUACCUCCAUCAUGAGUGCCUUGAGUGGGUAAUCCAUUGUGAUAUAAAGCCGGAGAACAUACUCCUGAACCGAGACUUUGAAGCCAAGAUAGCAGACUUUGGACUAGCCAAACUCUCAAAGAGAGACAGUUCCAGUUUCAACCUCACCCACAUGAGAGGAACAAUGGGCUACAUGGCACCAGAGUGGGCGCUGAAUUUGCCAAUCAACGCAAAGGUCGACGUAUACAGUUACGGUGUUGUCCUUCUCGAGUUAGUUACUGGAAGUAGGAUCUCCAGUGGAAUAACAGUGGAUGGUAAAGAGGUAGAAAUCAGACAGUUUGCAGGGGCAGUGAAGGAAUUGCUGGUGGGUGGAGAUGUCAAGGAAAUAAUUGAUACUAGACUGCAUGGCCAUUUCAAUCCUGAGCAACUGGUGGUAAUGGUGAAAUUGGCUUUAUCUUGUCUAGAAGAAAGAAACAGCAGGCCUACGAUGAAUGAAAUAGUAAAAGCUCUGCUACCAUGUGAUGAACAUGACAAUCACCCAGCCUACUCCUGGUGACCUGCGAUAAGCUUAAUAUCUCAAUCUGCAAGAAGAAAUAGUUUGUACUGCGUGAUAUUUGAAAAUAAAAUAAAUCAUGACUGGAAAAAAUGUAUGUUGUUGUGUUCCAUACAUCCUUGUGAAGGUAAUAGGUGUAAAACUAAGUGCAAUUGUAUCGAAAAUAUUCAGUGCCAUACAAAUGCAUGCAUGAAAUGUGGCGGGCUUGUUUUUUCA